CCGGUCUACUUUCAGAGUUUCACGCGCGCUCAAAUGUCAGUCAAACAACUGCGGUGUACAGUCGGCUAUCAACAUUUUUGACGGUUUCUUAUUGUUUUAACUUAAAUCUAGACAUUUGCAUAAUAACUUCAGAAAUGCCAGUUGCUGAUUACGACCAGGCCUCUCUACCGGACCUAUUGCCUCUCUACUACCGCCGACUUUUCCCUUUCUCUCAAUAUUACCGGUGGCUGAACUAUGGAGGAGUGACAAAGAACUACUUCCAAAAUCGAGAGUUCUCCUUCACGUUGAAGGAUGACAUCUACGUACGAUAUCAGUCGUUCAGCACACAGAACGAGCUGGAGAAGGAGAUGCAGAAGAUGAACCCGUACAAGAUUGACGUUGGAGCGGUCUACAGUCACAGGCCCAAUCAGCAUAACACAGUCAAGUCUGGAUCCUUCCAGGCUCUGGAGAAGGAGCUGGUGUUUGAUAUUGAUAUGACAGACUAUGAUGAUGUCAGAAGCUGUUGCAGUGCUGCAGACAUCUGCCCAAAGUGCUGGACUCUGAUGACUAUUGCCAUCCGUAUCCUGGACAGGGCCCUUCGAGAUGACUUUGGUUUCCGGCACUGCCUGUGGGUGUACUCGGGCAGGAGAGGGGUGCAUUGCUGGGUGUGUGACGAGGCAGCCCGGAAGCUCUCUGUGGCGGCGCGCUCCGCUGUGUCUGAGUACCUGAGUCUGGUCAAGGGUGGAGAAGAGACGGUGAGGAAAGUAGUGCUGUCAGACCCAAUUCAUCCAUUCAUCAAUGAAUCCCUAAAGGUGGUGGAGCACUACUUUCCCCAGUACGCUGUAGUGGGACAGGACAUACUGGGCAGCAAAGAGGCUGCAGACAAAGUGCUGGCCCUCGUGCCUGAAGAUGUCAGAAAGGAGCUGCUGCAGUACUUCCAGACUGAAAAAAACCCUGAGAAGCGCUGGGGCAGACUUAAGACUCUGGUCCAAAACAAACGUACGACUGCCAAGGGCCACUACUUUGAGAAGGAGAUCAUGCUGCAGUACUGUUACCCUCGGCUUGAUGUGAACGUCAGUAAAGGAGUCAACCACUUGCUGAAGAGCCCCUUCAGCGUCCAUCCCAAAACAGGGCGGAUCUCUGUUCCUAUUGACCUGAGAGAACUGGAUCGCUUUGACCCCUUUGAUGUGCCCACUAUCAGUCUGAUCUGUGAGGAGCUGGAUCGGCCCAAGACAGCAGAGGAGGAAGAGGAGAAGGAAGACACCGAUGAGAAUGAGAGAGAAGCAGGAGAGCGACGGAAGAGAAGAGACUACAAACAAACAAGCUUGGCGAAGUAUGUGAAACUGUUUGAUCAAUUCCUGGAAGGGAUGGCUCGCUCAUGGAAAGGGGAGCAUCUUAAAAAGAGUGAUCUUCAAAAGGACUUCUAACCCUGAGCAGUGUCCAACGGAUUAAUGGCUGUUGCUGGGAUUGGUACCUACAAUGGUUGGCUAAUCUUAAACAAGCCCAUCAUAUCAGUUGUUCAUAAUCUGACAGUUAAAGAUGGAGAACACACAUUACAGAUACUGUAAACAAAUGGUCUGUUUGAGAAUUGUCAUGCAAAUAUUUUACUCUAUCAACGAUUUAAAAUCACAGUUGUGCAAAACUUUUAUGUAGCCUGUUGUUUUCUAAUUAAAAUGACUUCAUACUA